GCUCAUCCCGCCGCCCGGGCGGAGCAAGGCAAGAGGAGCCGCUGCCCCACACCACGCCCGAGCUCCCAGAACCUGCUGGGCGUCCGCUUCCCCUGGAGCGAGGAAGGCGCCGCGGGUGUCAGAGCGAGGGCUCGGGAGGGUCGCGCGCAUGGCCUCGGCGGGCGCGCGGCGGCUCCCCGCCGGGACGCGCGCGGCGGCCCAGCACUGCUGCGGCCUCCCGCUCCGCCCGGGCGCGCGCCCGGCCCCGCCCCCCGGCCCUCCGCGAUCGCCGCGACCAAUGAGGCUUAGAUUUCUGAUAUCCUGCAGCCCCCUCUUUCCCCGGGCUGCCCAAGUCAUGGGGGCUGAGGCUGGCUUAACUCCCAGCCGUUCCUUCAUGGGCUUUGCUGCUCCCUUCACCAACAAGAGAAAGGCUUACUCCGAACGUAGGAUCAUGGGGUACUCAAUGCAGGAGAUGUUCGAGGUAGUGUCCAAUGUCCAGGAGUACUGCGAGUUUGUGCCCUGGUGUAAGAAGUCUUUGGUGGUAUCCAGCCGCAAAGGUCACCUGAAGGCCCAGUUGGAGGUUGGCUUUCCACCUGUCAUGGAACGUUAUACCUCUGCUGUUUCUACAGUCAAACCUCACAUGGUCAAGGCUGUUUGCACUGAUGGCAAGCUCUUCAAUCACUUAGAGACAAUUUGGCGAUUCAGCCCUGGUAUUCCUGCCUACCCUCGAACUUGCACUGUGGACUUUUCGAUUUCCUUUGAAUUUCGUUCUCUGCUGCACUCCCAGCUGGCCACCAUGUUUUUUGAUGAGGUUGUCAAACAGAAUGUUGCUGCCUUCGAGCGCCGGGCAGCCACCAAGUUUGGUCCAGAAACAGCCAUCCCCCGUGAACUGAUGUUCCAUGAGGUGCACCACACUUGAGGCAAAAGAUUGUUCUUUAGCUUCUCUUGUACUCUCUCCU